UUACUCAUGGGCAUGACCCUAUCCAUUUCAGAUCACGAUAAGAGCGGGCCGAGCAGCUUCAGUAACAUCACGCCCAUCAACACGGAGUAACCCAGUACGACUUCCACGUUAACUAUGGGGACGAAGACACGUACUACAGCCUGCCUCACGUUCAGCACCAUCGCCAAUGUGGUCGCCAUCGUCCUCAUCCUUGCUGCCAUGGGCACGGAAAGAUGGGUGGUGUACAGCGUCGACAGGACGAAGCUGACGACCCUGCAGCGAACGUCAUCAACGACGGGGAUCACAGCGAGAUACUAUCACACGCGCCAAAGAGGCAUGUUCCGUGAGUGUUACCCUGGCAACGAUACCCUGUUUCUGGAUACUCUUGGAGGUGUUAUAGACAAGAACUGCUUCAUGCUGAUGUUCGGGGACGAUUCCGCCAGUGCUAGCGAGGAGUACACCUCCAUGAUAGCCUUAUACACGUCCUUCAUGGCUAUGUUCCUCGUGGGGGAGCUUCUACUCGUUGUUAGCUAUGCAGUAGGGUUAUACAUGUGUUUAGUAAGACCAACAUCGCACGUGUGGAUUCCGACCAUCAUGGUGUGUGUGGCUGCGUUCGUUGUAGUUCUUGGAAUGGCGUUCUUCCACAGUUCCAUCUACCUCCAAGACACCCUUGUCCAGGACCAGCUGCCAGAUCGCCAACAAUACUACUCAAAAUGGCCUGGUGAGCUGAAGCGGGCUACCACAAGAAAAUUCAAGGAAUCUUACAUAGCAGCCUGGGUCGGCGUUGCUUUUGCUAUCAUCGCCGCCUUCUGCUACGGCGUUACGGCAACAGCAAUGGCCCCAAGAUCAAACCUCUUGGAGAAGAAUGUGAAACGGCUGCCAAGCUAUAGACCUCCACGGCGCCACCAUCGUCCUCGGCCCGUAAGACCCAUGCCUGUCAUGACACUUGACCCUCCCAGGACGAAGCCCUUGAAACUGAUGUCCACGAAGGUCCUACCAAACCCUCCUCCAUACUAUUUACAUCCAUAUUGAACCCUCGUCCAUACGCCAUGCGUUUGUAUUGAACUGGCAUCGUUGCUCUGGAAUAUUCACAGAACAUUCUCAACAACAAGCUGUGCUUUCCGUGGACCUUCUUAUACCGGAAACACUUCUUCCUGAGCUGGACUGUUUGGAAUGGCUGUAUAUGCAAAGGAACAAACUCUAAAGCUCGUUAAUCCAGAAUUUAUUUUGCGGUUGAUUUCAAAGAGAGAGAGGUAUGUCUGGAUUAACGUGGCGUCCCUUUGUAACCAUUGGUACUAGUUUUUAACAACCUGUUUACGACAAUGUUAUCUUUAGACAGCUACAAUUAUGUUCUUUUUCAAAAUGUGAGUAUUAGGUAUUGAAAUUCAUCCAAUAUGUCUGUGUAUAAAUAGUUUUGUAUGAAAGCUAGCUUCAAGACUUG